AGGCAUGACAGUCCACACAGGACCGAGCAGAACUCCUCACAGCAUGGAAAACAACGCUGCGUAUUUCCAGCGCAGACAAGGAAGGCGUGCGUAAAAUACGCGCUGCUUUUUACGCACCGAACUAAUUCACAUUUCUACCUUACAAACUUCAUCAAUUGCGAUGAAAGUUCAAGUUUAUGAGGUGUAUGUAGCGUAGCAUAAUGGAUCCAGUUUUUAACACCGCGGAGGAAGGCAACUGGAGCGCGGACUCCUUCAACGAAACCAACUGGAACCAGUUUGUGCAACCCGCCUGGAGAAUCGCGCUGUGGGCCAUCGCCUACUGUUGCAUCGUGGUGGUCUCGGUUGUCGGCAACGCGACGGUGAUUUGGAUCAUCAUGGCGCACAAACGCAUGAGGACCGUCACGAACUAUUUCCUGCUCAACCUGGCGUUUGCCGAAGCCUCCAUGUCCGCCUUCAACACCGUCAUCAACUUCAUCUACGCCGUGCACAACGAGUGGUACUUCGGAUUGGUGUACUGCCGCUUCCAUAACUUCUUCCCCAUCGCUGCUGUGUUCGCCAGUAUCUACUCCAUGACCGCCAUCGCCUUGGACAGAUACAUGGCCAUCAUCCACCCACUUCAGCAACGCAUGUCGUCUACAGAGACCAAGGUGGUCGUCGGAGUCAUCUGGGUCCUGGCUCUGCUCCUGGCUUUUCCCCAGUACUACUAUUCCAACACGGAUCAGCUCCCCGGCCGUGUGGUGUGCUACAUCGACUGGCCGGAAUACACGAUAUGCGACUUCAAAAAGAUGUAUUACGUGUGUGUGGCCAUCCUCAUCUACUUCCUUCCCCUCUUGGUGAUGGGCUGUGCUUACCUGGUGGUGGGACUUAGUCUCUGGGCCAGCGAGAUCCCGGGAGACUCUUCUGACCGCUACAAGGAGCAGCUGACCGCCAAACGCAAGGUGGUGAAGAUGAUGAUCGUGGUCGUUUGUACAUUUGCCAUCUGCUGGCUGCCCUACCACGUGUACUUCCUGUUGCACCAGUUUUUCCCCGAUAUGUUUGAGGAAAGAUUCAUCCAGCAAGUCUACUUGGCCGUUAUGUGGCUGGCUAUGAGUUCCACCAUGUACAACCCCAUCAUCUACUGCUGCCUCAACAGCAGGUUCCGUGCCGGUUUCCAACAAGCUUUCCGCUGCUGCCCCUGUGUCCCUCAAGGCUCACACGAAGGUCUGGAGCUGAAGUCCACUCGUUACUUUCAAACUCAGACAAGCACCUACAAAGCCGGCCGAAUGGAGACCACCGUAUCCACGGUGGUCCAGGUGGGGGAUGAAAUGGAGCAGUCCAAGCCAAAAGCCAGAGUCGGUCCUGGGCCUGUUGGAGCCGCUGUUGUGUCUUCUUUGGAGCUCACCUCCAACGGGUCUUCAUCUUGGAGCGUCUCCAAAACGGUGUCUGAGGGAUCUAGCUUCUAUUCCAAUAACAACCUUCAAGAGCAGACGUUGUGAGUUGCGCAAAAAGACGACGCAAAACGUUUUGAUUGAUUGCGAAGUAUCGCUUUUACAUUGGAACGUCAUUUACAAUUUCCUGGUGGAAAAGACUCGGGAAUGACGACGACGAUAAUGUCAAAAGUCGCACACAGAAGCAGAUGCACCGCUUGAUUGUUCACGCGACUUUCUCCUCGUCACACCCGCCCUCGCAUUGCACACAUCACACAAUCUCCAUCUCACAAGUCUAUUUUAGACCGGCUGAGCUAAAACAUGACACCAGCAGGCUGUCAGUGCACAGCUCUUCAUUCCACACAAGUGUUUUCAUGCAAAGAGACAAAGCUGGAGGACCUCAGGUUUGGGAGUAUUUUCAUACCAAUAUGUCCCCCCCGCCCCCCCGCCCUCCCAAGUGAGACAUGUCAAGAUUGAGCCCCUGUUUGGCUCAAGGGAGCCCCAACAGACGCUCCUGGAAAAGCAGUGAUGAUUACCUGAAGCACUGUCGUGACUAUUUCAUCACGAUAAACAUUGACUCCAACAGCUGCUAGCAUCUUGUCUGCGUCACAGAGAUGCUCCAGAGACUGACAAACGGACUCGGGCCAACCUGGAACAGAACACAAAAGAACUAACGCAGGGAUGAAGCAAGCCUAAUAUUUGUCAAAUACGCUUUGCGUUCUAAACACAAACAAACUUAUCAUACGUAUGUACAAACCUUGCUAUUGUUUGCUCACGCGUGCUGUUUGUUUACCGCGUACAUUUUAAUGCAAUUUAGCGGAAAACUAAAAAGUAGACCUAAAAUCAUUCAAAACUUAACUCGACCCGUGGAACCUUGGCUAGCGUUAUACAUCUAUUCCAGAAGGUCCGACUCUAACUGAAACGUACUCUAACCAAGUAAUAAUGUAAAUCCACUUAAUUCAUUUCAGAAAGCCCAAAAUGUUAACAUGACUAUUUCAUCACGAUAAACAUUGACUCCAAACACGCUUUGCGUUCUAAACACUUUCACUCCAAAACACAACGUACCUUUGCGCAAAACUUAUCAUAUGUACAAACCUUGCUAUUGUUUGCUCCAGCGUGCUGUUUGUUUACCGCGUACAUUUUAAUGCAAUUUAGCGGAAAACUAAAAAGUAGACCUAAAAUCAUUCAAAACUUAACUCGACCCGUGGAACCUUGGUUAGCGUUAUACAUCCAUUACAGAAGGUCCGACUCUAACUGAAACGUACUCUAACCAAGUAAUAAUGUAAAUCCACUUAAUUCAUUUCAGAAAGCCCGAAAUGUUAACAUGACUAUUUCAUCACGAUGAACAUUGACUCCAAACACGCUUUGCGUUCUAAACACUUUCACUCCAAAACACAACGUACCUUUGCGCAAAACUUAUGUAUAUGUACAAACCUUGCUAUUGUUUGCUCCAGCGUGCUGUUUGUUUACCGCGUACAUUUUAAUGCAAUUUAGCGGAAAACUAAAAAGUAGACCUAAAAUGAUUCAAAAUUUAACUCAACCCGUGGAACCUUGGUUAGCGUUAUACAUCCAUUCCAAAAGGUCCGACUCUAACUGAAACGUACUCUAACCAAGUAAUAAUGUAAAUCCACUUAAUUCAUUUCAGAAAGCCCGAAAUGUUAACAUGACUAUUUGAUCACGAAAAACAUUGACUCCAACACUUUCACUCCAAAACACAACGUACCUUUGCGCAAAACUUAGUAUAUGUAGAAACCUUGCAAUUGUUUGCUCCAGCGUGCUGUUUGUUUACCGCGUACAUUUUAAUUCAAUUUAGCGGAAAACUAAAAAGUAGACCUAAAAUCAUUCAAAACAUAACUCAACCCGUGGAACCUUGGUUAGCGUUAUACGUCCAUUCCAAAAGGUCCGACUCUAACUGAAACGUACUCUAACCAAGUAAUAAUGUAAAUCCACUUCAUUAAUUUCAGAAAGCCCGAAAUAUUAACAUGACUAUUUCAUCACGAUAAACAUUGACUCCAAACACGCUUUGCAUUCUAAACACUUUCACUCCAAAACACAACAAACCUUUGCUCAAAACUUAUCAUAUGUACAAACCUUGCAAUUGUUUGCUCCAGCGUGCUGUGUGUUUAAUGCCGUUUAACGGAAAACUAAAAAGUAGACCUAAAAUCAUUCAAAACUUAACUCAACCCGUGGAACCUUGGUUAGCGUUAUACGUCCAUUCCAGAAGGUCCGACUCUAACUGAAACGUACUCUAACCAAGUAAUAAUGUAAAUCCACUUAAUUCUUUUCAGAAAGCCCAAAAUGUUAACAUGACUAUUUCAUCACGCUAAACACUGACUCCAAACACGCUUUGCGUUCUAAACACUUUCACUCCAAAACACAACGUACCUUUGCGCAAAACUUAUCAUAUGUACAAACCUUGCUAUUGUUUGCUCCAGCGUGCUGUUUGUUUAAUGCCGUUUAGCGGAAAACUAAAAAGUAGACCUAAAAUGAUUCAAAACUUAACUCAACCCGUGGAACCUUGGUUAGCGUUAUACAUCCAUUCCAGAAGGUCCGACUCUAACUGAAACGUACUCUAACCAAGUAUUAAUGUAAAUCCACUUCAUUCAUUUCAGAAAGCCCGAAAUGUUAACAUGACUAUUUCAUCACGAUAAACAUUGACUCCAACACUUUCACUCCAAAACACAACGUACCUUUGCGCAAAACUUAUCAUAUGUACAAACCUUGCUAUUGUUUGCUCCAGCGUGCUGUUUGUUUACCGCGUACAUUUUAAUGCCAUUUAGCGGAAAACUAAAAAGUAGACCUAAAAUAAUUCAAAACUUAACUCAACGUUACUCAACUCAAAGUUAUACAUCCAUUCCAGAAGGUCCGACUCUAACUGAAACGUACUCUAACCAAGUAAUCAUGUAAAUCCACUUAAUUCAUUUCAGAAAGCCCAAAAUGUUAACAUGACUAUUUCAUCACGAUAAACAUUGACUCCAAACACGCUUUGCGUUCUAAACACUUUCACUCCAAAACACAACGUACCUUUGCGCAAAACUUAUCAUAUGUACAAACCUUGCAAUUGUUUGCUCCAGCGUGCUGUUUGUUUAAUGCCGUUUAGCGGAAAACUAAAAAGCAGACCUAAAAUCAUUCAAAACUUAACUCGACCCGUGGAACCUUGGUUAGCGUUAUACAUCCAUUCCAAAAGGUCCAACUCUAACUGAAACGUACUCUAACCAAGUAAUAAUGUAAAUCCACUUAUUUCAUUUCAGAAAGCCCGAAAUGUUAACAUGACUAUUUCAUCACGAUAAACACUGACUCCAACAGAUGCUAGCAUCUUGUCUGCGUCACGGAGAUAUUUUUGCUCUCAGACUGUAUUCCCAUUUAGUCCAAUGUUGAAGUCAAUAACAAUAUUGCAAUGCGACAAAGGUAUUAUGUAUUCUGCUAAUGUACAGCGAUGCACGGCACUGCUUAGCAUAACCACGGUAAAAAGGAGAGCGGAGAGGUAGCUCGCUUUGCAUGAGCCCAACAAAAGGACAGUUAGAUAAUGUGCACGGAGGAAGCCCAUCAGGCAAAUUUAACAUCCUGCAUGAUGAAACAAAUACACUGACACAUAAACAUACGCAACAAUUGUGUUGAAACGACACAUGAAAAAUUCAAUAGCAUCGCAAAUGACUGAUCGACAACAUUAGUACUACCUAAAUCAGGCAGGUUGGAACAACCACACACAGACACACACAGUGAUCACCUGUUGAAAUGCAUCAUUCCGCCCCCCUCCUGUCCCUCUCAGUCGCCACCCCCCAUCAGUCCCGGUCUAUUCUCAGCAUACAAAAGCAGCUAUUUUAAAUUCCAUCGUCAACUGAUGUGAAAGCGAGACACAAAUAUGAACCGAUGCAAGUUGACGGUGACCUCAAUCUUGUUUCAGUGACCUGGAGAUUCACAAUUUAAAAAAAAAAAAAUUAAAAAAAAGUCUGCUUUUUUUUAUAUAAUAUAAUGUUACAUUGUACAAAUGGUGCAGUGCUAUAGUGACGUGAACAUCGUAGCCGGAUGCUAAAAUAUGAAAAUAUGUUUUGUGACAGUCUGUGACUUCUACGAGAAAUAGAAAAUGUGGUAAAUAUACAUUUAUGGCAGUCCCACAAACAGCCUUGCAGCAAAUGGAAUGUAUUAUUGGAAUGGAAAGAAGUUGCCCUUAAUGCCAGCUUUAUUCUACUAGGAUGUUCUCUGCUGUCCACUUCAAUUGUUUUGUAAUGUAACAAAAGAUACUUGGGAUUAUAUUCUACAUGGUUGGGUCUUGUUUUGUUGUUGUCGUUGCUGUUAUAAAUAGUGUCAAAACAUGCAGUGUUAUUGAGCAGUACCCCCCCUCCCGAUGACCUCUGCAGCAUAAAAUAGUACAGCCUGCCGCUUUUAGAAGUCAACCGGCUUAUAGUCAGUUGUGGUUCUGAAGUUUUAAAUUCUGACUUUAUCAUUUCAAAAGUGACAUAUUUUAUAUUUGGAUAUUAUAGAAUAUGCGUUCAAACUCCCGGUAUACUGGUUCCUGCAUUUUUUGUUAUAAUCGUAUAAGUCGCACCAGACGAAAAGUAGAAUUUACUUCGUUGUGUCUGUUGAAAUAUUCAGAUACAGUAAACCUCGGAUAUAUCGGAUUCAAUUGUUCCCACUGGUUUUGUCCGAUAUAAGCGAAAUCCGUUAUAUGCGUAUACCGGAAAAUGUGCGUUUUACGCAUAUAUCGGAUUUAUAUCCGGUAUAUGCGUAAAUGGGAUUUUAUCCGUUAUAAAAAGGCACUUCCUUGACUAUGUUUCCAAUGUACCUGGACGCGCAGGCAACGCUGCAAACGCUGCAAAUGACGUCGUAUAGCGGCCUGUCACGAUUCGGCGAAUCGGAGCGCCACGAUGCGGCCAUCCGAUAUAUGCCAGGGAAAUUUCAUGGAAAUGCAUUGGAACGGGACUGGAGAUUUUGUCCGAAAUAGGCGAAAUCCGUUAUAAAAAAAUCCGAUAUAUGCAAUGAAUUUUUAUUGGAAAUGCAUUACAGAAAAAUCGGUUCUUUUUUAUCUGUCCGUUGUGAGCGAAUUUCCGAUAUAUCCGAGUCCGAUAUAUCCGAGGUUUACUGUAUAAUCCUAUAAGUCGCACCAGCCGAAAAGUAGAAUUUACUUUGUUGUGUCUGUCGAAAUAUUCACAUAUUAUGUUGACCACACAGAUCAGGAAGACUUGGGUUCGAAUCUCCGCUUGGGUGGAGUUUGCAUGUGUGUUUUUUUUUUCAAAAUGAAAUAAAUGUUUAAAUAAAUAACAAUAAAAUAUACACGCGAACAGGCAUGUUGUGAUAUCCAAGCACACUCUCCCAACAGAAAGUUACCCAGCAUGCCUUGUGGGUUAUGAAUUACUCUAAAAAUAGUAUUGUUUUGCAUGUAUAGUAGUGCAAAAACAUGCUAGGUUAAUUGGCGACUCCAAAUUGUCCAUAGGUAUGAAUGUGAGUGUGAAUGGUUGUUUGUCUAUAUGUGCCCUGUGAUUGGCUGGCCACCAGUCCAGGGUGUACCCCGCCUCUCGCCCCAAGACAGCUGGGAUAGGCUCCAGCACCCCCUGCGACCCUCGUAAGGAAAAGCAGUAGAAAAUGAAUGAAUGAAUGAACAAUAAAAUAUACAUGCAAACAGGCAUGUUGUGAUAUCCAAGCGCACUCUCCCAACAGAAAGUUACCCAGCAUGCCUUGUGGGUUAUGAAUUAGUCUAAAAAUAGUCUUGUUUUGCAUGUAUAGUAGUGCGUUUAUUUUGAUACCCGCACAACCCGUGUGGAGGCUGCACGGCGGAC